AUGACGGACCCCUAUUCGGAGGAAAUGGGCCACGCCGCGGAGGCUGGCGGCCGAUCGGAGGCCGACGGGGGCCUGGGCGGGGGCGGGGCACAGGGACUGGCAGUGCCAAUGGUAGACAUGUCCACAGAUGAGGAGGUCGCUGCAGCAGUGGUCAGGCAGGCCUGCACCACCCUUGGUUUCUUCAAAGUGGCCAACCAUGGCGUGCCGCAGGCCCUUGUGGACGCCUUCUUCGAACACUGCCACCGCCUUUUCGCCCUGCCCAUCGCCGAGAAAAUGGCCAUGCUGCAGGACGUGAACAACCGUGGCUACACACCCAUGGCAGAGGAGACCCUAGAUCCUGGUGCCCAGAGUGCGCCCGACACGAAGGAGGGGUUCUAUUUUGGGAGGGAGGUGGCCCUGGGCAGCGAGGAGGCCAGCAAGCCGCUGCACGGGCCCAACCAGUGGCCGGAUGAGGCUUCUGUACCAGGAUUCAGGGAUGGCGCCACGCAGUACUAUGAAGCCCUCAGGGGGCUUGCCAUGAGGCUGUUGCGGCUGUUCGCCCGUGCACUGAACCUGGCCCCAGAGUUCUUCGAUGACAAGUUCACGCGCCCCAUCGUGUCGCUCAGGCCGCUGCACUACUCGGCGCAGGUGUCACAGCCCGAGGCGGGGACCUUUGGGGCAGGCGCCCACACGGACUAUGGCAUGCUCACCAUUCUCGCAACGGAUGACACGCCGGGUCUCCAGAUCCACGUGGGUGGGCAGUGGAUCGACGUUCCUCCACAGCACGGCACGUUCAUCAUCAACAUUGGAGACCUGCUCGAAAGGUAA